UGCCAAGUUAUUAGGUCUUAAAUUCAUUAUCUUAUGUUGAUUUUUUUGAAAGAACCAAUUGUUAUGAUUUUUCUCCUACCAACCAAGAUUUAUCCAUAGUUCAAGGCAGCAUAAAUACCUAAGUUUUAUCUUAUCUAAUUUAGAUACCAAAGGCUUAAAAAUAUUCACAGUUUAAUUUUUCAUUCUCUUCAAUUUUAUUAUUUUCAAAGAAAUGUGUGAUGAUAGAUUAUCAAAUAAAACUCUUUGAAAAAGAAUUUCUAGUUAAUCAGAUAAUUAAUCAAAACACUUUAUUAAUCUGUGAAAUUAAGACGUUCCUUUUUAUGUAGAUACUUAUUGAAAAUGUUAAAAAUUGUAACAAAGUCAAAACGACAAAUGAUUAUCUAAGUAAGAAGAGUCUAAUAAAAUAUAUUUAAAUAAAUAUAUUCUCUAUUGUUUUUCUUUUCAUUUUUGCAAGAGUUUUUGUUUUAAAUGUUCCAAAUAUUAUACUUUGUAAUGAUAGUCACUGAAUAUUUGGUAUUUUGUAUUCUUUUAUGAAGCAUGAUGAUUAAAUAUUUUCAUUUAUUCAUCGUUAUGAUUUUUUCUAGCUUUGGUGCAAUAAUUUCAAGUAUUUAAUCUCACACUUAAGUGUUGUCAUUUUGAUGCUGAGUUUUCAAGCGUUUCUUUUGUUGAAUAUCGUUCAAAGUUUGCUCAAUUGAACGAGUAUCCUUUUUCAAUUCAGUGGACACCAUACCGUAGUUUCUGUUGAGAUCUGUGCCUAAAGCUUCACAUUCAAGAUGAAUAAGUUUUGUUUUUUUUGACUUUGAUUGCUCUCGUUGCUCUCGACCUUCUGAUUGCUCUGAUGAUGAUGCAGUUGGAAUCAUUGCUAAGGCAGAUUCUUCUUUCUUUUUCUUGUAUUCUGCUUCAAUCUCUUUGUUCCACUUCGU